GGCGUCUUGGUGAAUUUUCCUUCGGUCAUUGUCAAGGUUGUCAAAGAUAAAAAAAAAAUCUCUAUUCCGUUACACCAGAGCAGGAUACUUAUUUCUCGUAACUUGAAGAAAUUUAUUCAGGCUGUCUGUCGUGUCGGUCCAUCUCUCGUCUUUAUCUCCGCACGUUGGAGAUGGUAUAAAAGACACAACAAGUUGAGGAAAGAUUCUCAUCUCGCAGCUUCACAAUAAUGUUCGCUCGCAUAUCAGCCUUCUCUCUCGCUAUUUUAGCUCUGCCUCUCCUCGUGGCUAGCAGUGCCGUCCCAAGGCAAGAGACCAACACGAACGUUACCGGCGGGAUGUGCAACACCGGUUCAGCCCAGUGCUGCAAGUCUGUUCAGGACCCCAAGUCAGAGGCCUCCCAGAACGCCCUUGGUCUUUUGGGAAUUCUCGUUGGUGAUGUCACCGCCAACGUUGGUCUCACCUGUGACCCCAUCACGGUGGUUGGUCUCGGCACCACCUCGUGCUCUAACCAACCUGUGUGCUGCGAGAACAACAGCUUCAACGGCGUUGUUGCUCUAGGCUGCACUCCCAUCAACGUGGUUGUUUAGAUAUUACCUACCAUGUAGCGUUUUCUCUUUUUUUACAGUUGUGAUAAUCAUUAUUAUACGUGAAAGAAAAAAGACGGAAACGAAAACUCGAGCGGUCUUGGG